AUGAUGAGAACAGGAAACAUCAAGGCCGAUGUGGAGUUUCUGCACCAUGCGUUCGGUGAAUUAUCAGUCGCCGAGAUGGACAUGCACAGCAGUGAGCUCCACAAGAAGCUCCGCGACCAGCGUCUCAGUGCGGUGAAGCAAAUGUUGCCUCUCCCUUGCUCUGACGGUGUGACCACCUUCACCGUACCCACGGAAAUGGCGAUCGCAGUGUCUUCCUGGCUUCAGAACAAUUACGAAACCAAUCUCGCGGAGCUCCCGACCAAGAACUACAGUCCCACGGUUGUCAUGAUCAUUGCCAGUUCUGUCACCGAACCGAUAAAAGACGCCCCGCAAGACAAUCCUGACGGUCCAAUUACACUCGAAUUCCAUUUGCAAGUCUAUCUCUGCGCGACAGAGAUGGGCAUGGACGUACUGCAAAGCUUUGCUUUCAAAUUCAUGAGAGCAGCCCUUGCGAGAGAAGGACUCACAGUGCAACAGCUCAAGAAUUUGGUCGAGCAUCACAAGAUCUUCACCCCGGAUUUCUGCAACAAGGCACUGUCGGUGCCACAGUAUCAGAAGGUCAUGUGCGCCUUCGCUACUCAUAUUGUUGCGCAUCGAGAAGACUUCGAUGGCAAUCCUGUGUACGGAACUCUGAUGGUUACCACUGAGGGAUAUCUGCCGACUUACCUCAAUAUCAUCCAUAGUAAAGUUAGAUCUGUCAUAGAGGAGAUCAAGGGGUUUGAUGACGCGGAGACCCUCGAGGCAUAG